CUUAAAAGACCUACUAACAUGAACAUCAGAAAAAUACAAACAAGCCUCACUAUCAUCAACUCACUCCAGUGCGCAAUAAUGGACAAUGGCUCCACUGCUAGCGAUGUUUGUUAUCAGCGCACUAUCAGUUGCUUCAUGUCCUCUUAAACAGCGCUCAUGAAAUUUGUGAUAAAUUUACGGUUUAUUUGUUUUCGAGAGGUGCCUUAAGUAUUUUGUUCCAGAAUUUUGGCCAUUUGACACAAUGUCUAAUUAUGGGGCGAUAGAUGAUGACUUCGAGCCAUUGCUCUCAAGUGCUAGUCCCCCUCCUGCACCCCCUUCGACUUCUUCACGCAGCAGCCGUCCUAGGCAACCGUACUUAUUUACUGGAGGACUAGGUCUUUCCAGAGAAGGUAGCAUGACAUCAUUACAUUCUGAAGAUGAUUUCCGACAACAUAACAUGGCUCUUCGCUACCGGUUGUACAAUCGACUGGACCCUGGAGGGCAACAGUUGCGUAUGCCAGACCACGUAAUUCCAUCCGAAUACUUCUCCAUUCUACCCUUUGACGACAUGAAAGAUAGCAGUGGCAAGCAAAGUAGCCUAGUGACAAUAUUUUCUUUAUGGAAUACAAUGAUGGGAACCUCAUUGCUAGCAAUGCCCUGGGCUUUACAACAGGCAGGUCUGUUUUGGGGGAUUUUCCUGAUGUUAGCUUUGGCAUUACUAUGCUUCUACACUGCUUACCGUGUCUUGGAGAGUCCUAAAGGCUUAUCAGCCGGCAUGGAUCCACUUAUGAUGGAGUUUUCGGAUGUUUGUCGUCACUUUCUCGGCAAAACGGGAGAGUAUAUUGCUGUGGGAUUUUCUGUGAUUGUAAUACUUGGUGGUAUAAUGGUUUAUUGGGUGCUCAUGUCGAAUUUCCUGUUUUAUACUGGGACAGUAGUUUAUGAGGCGCUGCAGCCAAACAGUUCAACUAUACCAAUUAUGGAGAAUAAGACGUUCACAUGUGAUGUGUACUGUCCAUCGGAUGUGUCUCUACCUCCUUUGUUAGAGAGAUAUCCAACGCAGCCCUUCACUACCAACUGGUUCUUUCCAUCAUGGAGUUUUGAUCAGCUAUGGCAGCUACAGCGAACCGUUCCAAUAUAUUUGGCAUUUCUGACAUUCCCAUUGAUGAACUUCAAAUCGCCUACAUUUUUUACCAAAUUCAACGUCUUGGGAACGAUAUCAGUCCUCUAUCUGCUGGUAUUCACCGGUUCGAAACUUGCCGAAUGUGGUUUCAAUAUGAAUUUUGUUGAUCCGACAUCCAUUCAUUAUGCCAAGCCAUUCAAUUGGCGGUUUCCUGCUUUGACAGGGACAUUGACUCUAUCCUAUUUCAUCCAUAAUGCGGUUAUCACGAUCCUUCGAAAUCAAAAGAAUCCUGAGAAUAAUACUCGUGAUCUUUCGAUUGGUUACUCAUUGGCCGCAUUUUGUUAUGUUUUUAUCGGCUUUGCCUUCUAUGCUGGUUUCCCAGUGCAACGAAGUUGCAUCAGUGACAACUUUCUCAACAAUUUUGGUGCUGGAGAUAUCAUGAGCAGUACAGCUCGUAUGUUCUUGCUUUUCCAAAUGAUUACGGUGCUUCCAUUACUGAUGUUCCUCAUUCGUUCACAGCUCUGUUAUGCUUUCGUAGGCAAAACUUGGCCUGGACUUGGUUCGGUUUUCAUACUCAACUUUGCAAUCAUGUGUAUGGCAGUGAGUGUUGCUAUAUUCUAUCCGAAGGUUGGAAGCCUCCUUCGAUACGUUGGGGCUAUGUCUGGAUUGGUCUAUGUGUUUGCGCUUCCUUGCAUCGUUUAUAUGAAGAAAUUACAUUCGGAAGGCAAAUUGACUCGAUCGAAACGGAUCAUACACACCACAAUCAUUGUCCUCGGUGUCCUGAACUUCAUUGCGCAGUUUGUGAUAUGAGUUCCGCUAUAAUUGAUGCCUACGUCCUCAUUAACUUGACCCAUUCUUUGGCUAAUGUGGACAAUGCCGGAUUAUAUGCCUCCUUAUAAGUAGUAAAAGCACUCAAAGCAAGCGCUACGAAACGCCAUAGGUUUUCGAAAUGUUUACGACACAGUAGUCUCAUAGUCUUGGGAGGAGUUACCAUAGAUAAAAUUAAGAUGGUUUCCAAGCAGUUCAGCACAAGCAUUUACUUAUGACUCGUUUUAGGAAUUUAUGUUUUGUACAUAACUACAGGUACCCAUCCAUCUUCAAUUUCCCCAUCGGUGUCUCUUGAGCGUGUGCUUCAUUUGUUCUCUUUCUGAUUGAGUCAUGUAAGUUCAUUAUCCCCAUAGGGGAUGUAAGAGCGGGCAGUGUUGUUUUUUUUGUUCACAAUUAAAUUAUUUGAAAUUCUAUCUUUUUUGACAUGUUCCUUGAUCUUUCUUCCUUCUGUGUUUGUUACAUUGCUAUAAGCAGAUUCUCUUAGGGUCCCCUAUCUCCUUUUCUACAAUUACUGUGAUGAAUGAAUUAUUUGAUG